CCGCAACUCUGCGAGGGAGAGAGAGAGAGAUAGAGAUGGAGGAAUCGAUAUCGAGCUUCUGCAGAAGCCUAGCCUCGUUCACCAACCACCUCGAAACCAGCUGCGACGCCCUCGCCCAAUCCAUUCGCCGCCGUCCGAUCCCUCUCGAAUCGGCAUCGUCCACUUUCAUCCAGUCCCUGAAUCGGAGGGUGUCGUCAGCCAGCACGGAGCUCAACCUCCUCGAAUCCAUGUCGCUGGAAACGGUGUCGUUUGAGGAACUCUUAGGUCACUUCAACGAGGUCUAUAAGAACAACCAGAUCCACAUUCUUCACCUCCAAGACCGUCUCAAGCCCUUGGGAUACGUUCCCGAAGUUGAGAUUGAUGACGAAGAUGAACUUCUCAAGGACGAUUCGUCAAUGCCGCUUGAUGUGGACUUGAAGAUUGCUUGUUCAAACCGUGCACAGGUCUCUUUGGAUGACGACGAUUUAUUCAGCGAUUCGUUGAGUUUAAAAAAUUUCGGCCUCUCAAAUGUUUGUCUUGAAUCUUUAGCAUCUGAAGCAAAUAAGAAGGUUGAUGACCUAGAUGUAUAUUUGCACAAACCCGUGAAAGACAGUGCAUUUGACUUGGAGGAGACAGAUUAUCCUACCAUGGGAGUAACAAAGAAAAGAAUGCGCUUCGAUUUUGAGGAAGUUGGUGAUGAUUUAAAGCCUGCCCUAGCUCUUCCAUCAACUAUAAAGUUAUUGAAGGAUGACUACGAGAGUCUUCCGUCCUUUGUGAAAGGGCUAGCAUCAUGGGAGGAUCUGCUCUCGGCUGUUGACAAGAUCAAUUCAAACCUGAGCCAGAAAACAAGUGGAACUAAUUUCUUUCACCAAGACGAAGUUUCAUCACUGGGUUUGGGGCCUAAAGAGAGGUCAUACGUGCUGCUGCUUGUUCGCAUGAAUCGGUUGAAAGUCGAAACUAUAGACGGUUUGGUAUCCUACAGAGUUUUAUAGAUAACAAAACACAACAUUUGGAGCAUUUGACCAUUAUGCAAAGUACUUGGAGCAUUUCUUCAUAAAAGAGUUAUUUUGGCGAGAGGCCAACCUUUGUCCAGAGUAUGAAGAAGAUAGAUGUUUCCUGCCUUCUACAUCUUAUCUUGCUGCUUUGCUUUAAUGUGUUCGUUCUCAACCUCUUUAAGAUAUCCAUGAGACGGAGAUUCAUAGGCUGAUGGUGGUAGAAUGCCAUAAGCUAUUUCUAUUAUAUCUAUCUAUGCCUAUAUAAUUCCUACUUCAUCAAGGCUGUUUGCUUGUUAAUUUUCAAUACGUGUUUUCCCUUUAGUGCUUUACACACGAGUCAAUUUAGUAAAUCCUUGCCAAAUUGGAUUUCGGGUACGUGUUACUCCUUGGUGUUCUUGAACUUAGUAAGCAAUGAGUGUAGACCGUGUAGUUUGGAGCCUUGCUUCUUUUGAUGAAUUUUUGGACGAUUUCAGUAAUUAAUGAACAAACAAAUUUCUUUUCUUGA